AUGCCACCCACCAUUCACUGCGUCCGCCACGCCCAGGGCGUCCACAAUCUCUGCACCGCAAACCAUGUCAUCCCGGAUCCUCUACUCACAGACCUUGGCCACGAGCAAUGUGCCAAGUUGCGUGAGGUCUUUCCUUACCACGACAAAAUCGACCUGGUGACAGCCUCACCUCUGCGCCGCACCAUCUACACGGCCCUAGAGAGCUUUGGGCCUGUUUUCAAAUCGCACCCGGAAUUAAAUCUCAUUGCGUUACCCGACACACAGGAGACCUCCGAUGUGCCCUGCGACACCGGUAGCGAGCCCGCGGAGCUACAAAAGGAAUUUGCGGGCAAGAAUGUUGAUCUAAAUCUGGUUCACGAGGGCUGGAACAACAAGGCUGGUCGUUACGCACCUACCAAUGCCGCGCUCCGAGAGCGCGCCCGCGCCGCCCGCCACUGGCUGAAAUCCCGGCCGGAGAAGGAGAUUGUGCUCGUCACCCACGGCGGAUUCCUACACUACUUGACCGAAGACUGGGAGGAUCACAGCCAGUACCAGGGCACUGGGUGGUCGAAUACCGAAUUCCGCUCCUACACCUUCUCGCAAGAGGACCACCGCGACGAUUUGGAAGGUCGCGCACUCGAUGGUGGUAACGCCACGCUUGUGGAGACCAUCGAGUCACGAGAACGCCGUGGCAAGCCCGGUCCUACUCCCGAUCGUGAAGAACAGAAGAAGCUCUACCAGCUUGGUACCCAAAGCUGGAAUGACCAGCUUAAUGGGGUGGAGCGUGACUCGGUGAAGGUACCUGAGGGUGAGGAGGUUGAUGGAGUGAGAGUAUGA